AUGGCCUCCCUGCGCAAUGCCUAUAAUGGUCUCCCGCGCACGGUGCAUGCAGCCUCCCCGUGCAACGCCUAUAACGGCCUCCCACGCAUGGUGAAAGUUACACAGGAGCUAAAAAACAGCCAGGUUGAGCAGAUGACAAAACUCCAGGCCAAGCAUCAGGCAGAAUGCGAGCUGCUCGAGGAUAUCAGAGCUUUCAGUCAGAAAAGAGCUGCGAUUGAGAAGGAGUAUGCGCAGAGCAUCCAGAAGCUGGCUAGCCAAUACCUAAAGAAGGACUGGCUUGGAAUAAAAGCGGAUGAGCGAAGUGAUUACAGGAGCAUGUACUCUGUUUGGAAAUCACUUCUGGAAGGCACGAUGCAAGUGGCCCAAUCUCGGCUCAAUAUCUGCGAGAACUACAAAAACUUGAUUUCUGAACCAGCCAGGACCGUAAGGUGCUUUAAGGAACAGCAGUUGAAAAAGUGUGUGGACCAGUUGACAAGGAUCCAAGCUGAAUUACAAGAGACAGUAAAAGACUUAGCUAAGGGCAAAAAGAAAUAUUUUGAGACUGAACAGAUGGCCCAAGCAGUGCGGGAGAAAGCUGAUAUUGAGGCCAAGUCCAAACUUAGUCUUUUUCAGUCGAGAAUAAGCUUGCAGAAGGCAAGUGUAAAG